AGGAGAGGCCGAGGACCAGGACCCCGUACAGCUGCAGUGACUCCAUGGUCAGCAGGGAUGAUGCAACCCUUUCCUUUCAAACACUCGCUGAUAACCGCUCGUGCACAUUGUACUUUGACCUCUGCCGAUGUGUUCUGCGCGUCGCCGAGGGUUAUCGCGCUUCGGCGUCCCCGCGGUUGCACAUCUGGGCUGCCUCUGGGGGGGGAACACCGUCUCGGGACCGCCCGCUGCCACCAUGUCAACGUCCGUCCGGGUGGAGGCCCGCGUGGAGCCCUGUGAGGAGCGCAGCUACGGGGGCGUCGGCCGCUGCAAGUGCUCCUUCUGGUUCGCGGUGGCCCACGACGUCGUCGGCGUCUUCUUCAUGAUGGUGGGGGUGUUCGGGGGGCUGGUCAUCCACGACUUGCUCAUCUACGCGGGCGCCAUCGUCAUCUUCUUCAGCCUGAUCUGGUGGGUGUUCUGGUACUCGGGGAACAUCGACGUGCCGCCCGAGCAGCUGGAGGACGACGUGGGCCUGGCGAAGCCGGAGAGCCGAGGCCUCGCGGGGCGCGUGUCCGACCGCUUCACCAGCAGGGUCACGAACUCCUUCAGGUCGGCGAGAGGAGACCCGGCGGGCGACGGCAGGCCACGGCAGGCCUCCGAUCCCCGACGCGGAGCUGUCGCUCUCCACCAUCUAUGACUCCGCCAUCACCUCCUCUUCUAAAGAGCCCGUGAGGAAGGCCCUGUGGAUGUGAACCUUUACAGACUGUGGAGGAUACGCUGCACUCGGAUCUUUCUUAGUUUCUUUUUCUUUGGAUUUCGUGCCGGGGACACGCACCUGUAAUGAUUGGACAACAUCGAGGUCUUCUCUCCUGCUCGUAUCUCGCUGAUAAGAUGUCAACUUUGCACAGUGCAACAUUUUCUAUUUAAAAACCACAACCACAGCUUUGUCAAAAGUCAUGUUUGGUUUCACAGAUAUUGCAGAGGAGUGCUGUGUUGACGGUUAAUAGAACAAUAAAGGCUUUAAUAAGGGACUUAUCAUGAUGAGGCUGAUUGUGUCAACAUUUGGAAAUAAACCAAAUGCAACCAGAAGAAUAAGUCGGUUAAUUUGUAAUAAUUUAUUUGUAUAUAUCUCAUGGUAAAUUGAAACUGAUCUCCCGCGUCUAUACCAGUGACAGUAUAGUAGUGUUUGAUGUCCCUGGAGGUCUGACCAGCUGAUUGUGUGUUUUCAAUGCAUUUAUUAUUGAUAAGUAAUAUUGCUUCCUAAGGAAGUCUGACGCCCAUCUGCAGCUUCCUGCACUAUAAUCUCUUUAUGUACAAAAUAUACUGAACUAAUAAAUGUAUCUUUCUCUCUA